UCGACAAAAGUGCCCCGACAACCGUCUGAUUUUUGUGUACGAAAUAUUGAUAUAGAUUUGGUGAAAGCUCAAAGGCAAAUAGAUUCAGCUAUUGAAGUUGUACAGGAAUCACAAUAUUUAAAAGACGUAUUAAAAACUGUCUGAAUCAUGGCAUCGAUCACAUCAAAACCAGCGUUGUCAACACUGAGACAAUUACUAUCAGAGUUACGGAAGCAAAGUUCAUCACCAAAAUUAGCUGAGAAUCAAAUGGCCAGGUAUGUCUUGAGUGAAUACCGCAAAUAUCAAACCACAGACCAGCAGCUGUGCAAGGCAGUGGACGAAAUGCACUUCAAAGCUAAGAGCUAUUGUGAAUAUCUACAAAAUUCUCGGAUAUAUAAGGAAAUCAAUGAGGAAUUUAAAGGCAAGGGAGAGAGGUCGGUUGAGGAAACAGCUAAGAUGGUUGGGUUUAAGCUGCCUCAUGAUCCCAAGUAAAUGAAUAAAUUUUUAGUUUUAUAUUAAAGUGGAGUACAAAUUUUAUUAUCAACAUCUAGGAAUUCAGUAACAAACAUUUUAAGUUACAGAAAACCAAAUGCUACAUUUCAAUGUUCGUCUUUGUUUUGUUUGAUAUUUGAAAUCUUUAUGAUUAAAACAAAUAGAUCAGAAUAUGAUUUAUUUCAUGAGAUAUUGUUGCAAUACAUGCUUUGAAGUAGUUACAAUGGAAUCAUGUUUUAGAUACAUUUUUUAGUUUAUUCUAUCUUUUUCCAGUGAAACUUAAAAUUAAGGGUAAUCAUGCAUUGUGAAUAGAUUAGUAGAUGAUAAAUAAAACAAAUUUUUAAAAUA